CAAAAGAGCCAGCUUUAUUGAAAAACCUCACCUUGUGUCGCUGUCAAAUUAGCUCGACUCAAACUGGCUGGCUCUUCACUCUGUGCAGCGAGACUGCUGUCCUCUUAACUUGCUCUGCAAAGACACCAUGGAAACUGCACUCCAGUUGAAUAUUCGACACCUAUGUCUCGAUGAACCAUGGAAUUUUCUUCUCUUGUUCGGAUGGGACUCAGCAGUAUUUUUUGGAUGGUUACAAAAUACAGCAGUGUCUGGUGACAAGCUUAAAGAGUUGUGUUUUGCUGGACAAUGCAGCGUCGUUUAGACGAGCAGCAGCAACAAAGGCCUCCUAAUCCAAGUGAAUCGUAUUCUGGUUUGGUUCAAACCAGUCAAAGAUUUGAACCUGUCAAUAACAUGCCCUCUGGGUUACAGUACUCUGUGCAAAAUUACCCGGUGAACCCGAGUAACCAUCACACACCACAUCAUAGUCACCAUGGAGUACAACAGACGGGACAUCUCUCAGCCAGUGUACCCCCGAGCCAACAACAGGCACAUGGUAACACCCCAAUACAGGGGCAACAGCAGCAGCAACAACAGCAGCAGCAGCAACAGCAGCAGUUCCAACGGCUCAAGGUUGAGGAUGCUCUAUCCUACUUGGACCAAGUUAAACUACAAUUUGGUACUCAACCACAGGUCUACAACGACUUCUUGGACAUCAUGAAAGAAUUUAAAUCUCAAACCAUUGAUACUCCUGGAGUGAUCAACCGAGUAUCAAACUUGUUCAAGGGGCAUCCAGAGUUAAUAGUUGGUUUUAAUACAUUUCUUCCUCCUGGCUACAAGAUAGAGGUGCAAGCAAAUGAAAUAAAUGUCACUCAACCGAACCAGCAAGUUGUUUCCAUUACCAACAGUGCUCUACCAACAUCAACCCCAGGGCCAGGAUAUACAAAAAAUUUGACCAAUAAUGUCCCUGGUUCUUCUCCAAAUGGCUGUGCUACAAGUCAGCAUUCUCAGAACCAAUCUUCAAGAGUCGGUGCAGACAUGCCGACCACCAACCAGCACAGUAACCCUCAAGGUCAACCAACAAGUCAGCCAGUAGAGUUUAACCAUGCCAUUAACUAUGUUAAUAAAAUCAAGAAUAGAUUCCAAGGCCAGCCUGAAGUCUACAAAGCUUUCUUGGAGAUCUUGCACACCUACCAGAAGGAACAAAGAAAUUUGAAGGAAAUUCAGGGUAUCAAUCAACCUGGCUGUAAACCUCUCACUGAAGCGGAAGUCUACUCCCAGGUGGCUAGAUUAUUCCACAAUCAGGAAGACCUUCUCAAGGAGUUUGGUCAGUUUCUUCCAGAUGCCAAUGGUUCUUCAUAUAUAAACUGUUCGUCUUCACCUCAGCAAAGUGAUUCUCCUUUGAGUGUACGGAAUGAUCGGACCUCUAGUGUUAAAAAACCUGGAAUAAAUAACAAAACUCAGAAUAAUAAAAGCAGUUGCCAGUUAAGACGUACUCCAGCUAGUCAACAGCCUCCAACUAAGAAAUUAAAACCUAGCAGUUUAAAAGAUGUUUCAUUAGCUGAAGCUGGAAAAUACGGCACGCUAAAUGAGUUUGCCUUUUUUGAUAAGGUGCGAAAGAUCUUGAAAAAUACUGAUGUCUAUGAGAACUUCCUACGCUGUUUGGUACUAUUCAACCAAGAAGUACUUUCUAGAGCAGAGUUGGUUCAGAUGGUGCAGACAUUUUUGGGGAGGCAUCCUGAGCUGAAUAAAUGGUUCAAAGACUUUCUUGGUUAUAAAGAAUCUGGUAGCAACGUCGACCCUGUUCCACACUCGGCGACUGGUAAAGAGAGAAUUAGUGGCGACUUAGCCAUGGAAAUAGAUUUUUCAACGUGUAAAAAGUUUGGUGUCAGUUAUCGUGCACUUCCUUCAUCGUAUCCACAACCCAAAUGUUCGGGAAGAACUCCAUUAUGCAAAGAAGUCCUCAAUGAUACCUGGGUCUCAUUCCCAUCAUGGUCGGAAGACUCCACAUUUGUCACGUCUAGAAAAACUCAGUAUGAAGAACAUGUCUAUCGAUGUGAGGAUGAGCGAUUUGAGUUAGAUGUUGUCAUUGAAACCAAUUCUGCAGUCAUCAAAGUGCUUGAGACUGUACAAAAAAAAUUAUCCAGGAUGAGUCCUGAAGAAGCGGCUAAGUUUAGGUUAGACAACUGUUUAGGUGGAACAUCUGAAGUUUUACACAGAAAAGCCAUUCAUCGGUUAUAUGGAGAUAAGGCCCCUGAUAUAAUUGAUGGUUUAAAGAAAAAUCCCUGUGUGGCUGUUCCAUUGGUUCUAAGAAGGUUAAAAGCAAAGGAAGAAGAAUGGCGGGAAAAUCAGAAACAGUUUAACAAACUGUGGCGUGAGCAGAAUGAAAAAUUCUAUUUAAAAUCUUUAGAUCAUAUGGGCAUCAACUUUAAGCAAAAUGACGUGAAGGCAAUUCGAUCGAAAGCUCUACUUAAUGAAAUAGAAACUCUUUAUGAUGAGCAAGCAGAACAAUCGGAACGUAAGGAUAACUUCACCCCUGGGCCUCACAUUUCCUUUGUAUACAAAGACAGGUCAACAAUUGAUGAUGCUACAUCUCUUAUAGUACAUCACAUGAAACGCCAAGCAAGUAUUUCCAAAGAUGACAAGCAGCGAAUCAAGCAAUUGCUGUAUCACUUCAUUCCAGACUUGUUUUUCCUGCCUCGAGGUGAACUGAGUGAUGAUGAACAAGAUAAAGAUGAUGACAUGGAUGUAGAUGAUGUUGACAAACCUGAGAAAGAUGGUGGUGGCAGCAGUAGCAGCAAUAUCUUAACAUCUUCCACUAAUAACAACCAUAAUUCAGAAGUGAAUUCUGAAAAAGAUAAAAAAUGUAUAGAAGUGACUCCUGAAAAGCCAUUAUUAAAUGGAAACUUUGAUGCUAUCCCACAAGUUGAAGAUCAAGACUUGUAUUCCUUGUUUUUUGUCAACAACAAUUGGUACCUCUUCUUCCGGCUUCACCAAUUAUUAUGUGAUCGGUUGUGCCAAAUCUACACUCAAGCUGUGAAAAUUGCAGAGGAAGAAGCUGAUGCAAAGAAGAAGGGUCGCAAGGAAUCUACAGCCAUAGCCCUCCGUCUCCGAGCUCAAAAUGUAAUAGAGCCAGAUGAAUAUUACCCGUACUUUUUGGAUAUGGUGAAGAAUUUGCUGGAUGGUAACCUGGAGUCUAGUCAUUACGAGGACCAACUGAGAGAGAUGUUUGGGAUUCAUGCCUAUGUUGCCUUUACUAUGGACAAGCUGGUGCAAAAUUUGGUCAGACAGCUUGCCCAUUUCACUAGUGAUGACACCUGUUCACACAUCUAUAGAAUCUACCAUGAAGAGGCAAAGAAUAAUGCUGUUGGUGGCCGAGUUGCCACUAGUCAUCAGAGAAUUCAAGCUGAAAGUCUGUAUCAGAAACGGGUAGAAAGUCUGCUUAGUGAUGAGAACUGCUUUAAGAUAAUGAUUUUUAAGAGAGAUUAUCGGCUUACCAUUGAGCUUCUGGAUACAGAACAGCAUGAGCAAUCUGAUGAUGGCACUGAGGAUCCAACCAGUGCAACUAAGUGGGCUAACUAUAUUGAGAGUUACACGGCAGACUCUGCCCUGCCCAUUGAUGUUCAGGAGAGCCUCACAAAGAAGGCGGUCUUUCUCCCAAGUCCCACAAAAGAGUGUCGUUAAGGCUACACAAAAAGUUUGACAAGUGGGUUAACGAUUGGCGUAAAGAUCACGUGACGAAUGACCAGGAGUUGGCUUGUAUGCAGUGGAUGACGGGUAAAACGGAGGGCAUUCGGCCAUCGAAGACAACUAUUGAGAAAAUAUUU